AUGCCCAACAAGUUGUCUGACUGGAUCCACCGCAAAGCAGCUCAACGCCAGCACAAUGGAAAGGAAAACGCCCACAAUGAGCGACAAAACUCGCUCAAGGAGCUGUGCCUGAGCAACAUCGCUAGCAACACGCACCGUCGCCCUUUAACACCUACGGCUCAGUUCCGUCCUGACAGUGAUUGGACCCGCAACAACGGCUCCUUUUUUGAACUUCCAGCGAAUAUUCGUGAGAAAAUCAUCACAGCCGCCUUUGGAGACCGUGGAUUGCACUUGGUGCUGGAGUAUCGCCAGGCCUAUCAACGAAACCUUCAGUCCCACGCCGGCUUCUGGCCCGGUCAGUCUGCUCGUGGGCCAUCGUCAGACGUCGAAUGGGACACAUCUUCAAUUAAAACGUGGAAAUGGCGAAGCUGCGUUUGUCACCGGGAACGUCCCACCCGUAAAUGGUCUGCCAUGCAUAUAUCCUUAGAUGGAUGCCUUCAAGGUGAACCUAUGUCGUGUGCAUAUUGGCAAAUUGGAGAGCCUAUGCCUGGUAAAUGCCUCGUCGGCGUCAUGGGCUGGCUCCUCUCCUGUCGGCAGUCUUAUACUGAGACCAUAGGACUUCUCUACAGCAGCAAUAUCUUCAAGUUUGAUGACUGGUCAGAUAUGCUUCGCUACUUACCCCAGCUGAUCCUGCCGCAGAGACGGGCGUCUCUCAGACACGUCGAGAUUCGGUACUGCAUGCGAGGCAAGACAGUCGCUGAUACGACCCGGGAGGAUGCUUCCCCUUUCGAUGUGUUGCUGCGCAGCAUGUCUCAAGUCGAGAUGGUGCAUAUUUCCCUGUACGGCGGCGAUCUGAAACCUCUUGACAAGAAGCCACAAAUGGACAAGAACGACCUGAAGCGGCAGCGGAUGAUUUACGACGCAGGGGAAAGAUGGACACAAAUCUCGUCAGACGGCCGACUCAAGCAUCUAUAUCUCCCUCUCCCAUCGUGUGUCUACAGUCGAUGGCAGGAGGCUUCAAGCCGACAGUCAAACCAAUCAACUCACGAUUACCCCAGCCCCAGAUUCUGGCGAGCUGUCAACAUGCUGCCGCCUUCGCCAAAGGAUGCGACAGCGACGCCCUCUACGCAAGCUGCAGGAUACUGGAUUGUUCAAGGAGUGGAUGAUUAUAUACCGCGGGAGUCACAUUGUUUUCAGCCAAACUAG